UCAAGCCUGAUUAUAAAGUAUGAGAGCGGAGACAGGAAUUCCCGGGACUUUUUCUCGCCCUCGAAGGGGAGUCAGUUCGAUCACUACGAAUGCUUCCGACACGGUAGCUUUUGCUUUCUCAAUCAGAUCAACAGCUGCCUUCAAGGUUCCACCUGUUGCCAACAAAUCAUCUAUUAUUACGACCUUCCAACCAACUGA